UUCUUAAAAAAAAAAAGCAACAAAUUCUCCGUGCUUAUACGGUGGCCGAGAAGGUUCGAGGGUGGCGGAAGUACCCGAGUGGGUGUGCGCGAAAAGCCGGAGCCAGAGGCGCACGUGGCGACGGUGAGUGGCCAAAGAAGCGGGAGGAUCUGAAAGUGCUGGACGCUGACCCCAGCUGCGGGAGAGAGGGAGGAAGGAAGGAAAUGCAGCGUGAAGACCUUGAUGUCUGCUGAGGGAGAAGGUGUUGAAGAGAAUGUCUUUUCGAGGUGGAGGUCGGGGAGGUUUUAAUAGAGGUGGUGGAGGCGGAGGCUUCAACCGCGGUGGCAGCAGCAACAACCACUUCCGAGGUGGAGGAGGAGGCAAUUUCAGAGGCGGCGGCAGGGGAGGAUUUGGACGAGGCGGUGGCCGCGGAGGAUUUAACAAAGGCCAAGACCAAGGACCUCCAGAACGUGUAGUCUUAUUGGGAGAGUUCCUGCACCCCUGUGAAGAUGACAUAGUUUGUAAAUGUACCACUGAUGAAAAUAAGGUGCCUUACUUUAAUGCUCCUGUUUAUUUAGAAAACAAAGAACAAAUUGGAAAAGUGGAUGAAAUAUUUGGGCAACUUAGAGAUUUUUAUUUUUCAGUUAAAUUGUCAGAAAACAUGAAGGCAUCAUCCUUUAAAAAACUACAGAAGUUUUAUAUAGACCCAUUUAAGCUGCUGCCACUGCAGCGGUUUCUACCUCGACCUCCAGGUGAGAAAGGACCCCCAAGAGGUGGUGGCAGGGGAGGUCGAGGAGGAGGAAGAGGAGCAGGCGGCAGAGGUGGUGGUCGAGGUGGUGGCUUUAGAGGUGGAAGAGGAGGUGGGGGCUUCAGAGGAGGAAGAGGGGGUGGUGGUUUCAGAGGGAGAGGACAUUAACCCUAACAGUCGACAGACUUCUCACCAGUUGGCUUCUGCAUUAACCUGCGUGGUCUACUUCUGUAGAAUUGAAAACUUGCUUCUAAGCAAGUCUUGGAAGAUCUGAUCAUUUUAGGACAGUGGAGCUAAAAUGUCAGUGUCAUGAAGAAAUGAGUGCAACAGUGAAUUUUGCUCUAAAAGAUCAUGAACAAACUUUUAAUGUUUUGUAUAGUGGCAGGCACUCUGUGGGUGCUUAAAUGAGCAGUUUUCAUUUUCAUUUGAAUUUUUAAAAUAAAAUGUUUUAUUCCUUUA